GGUUCCGGCGGGCGGAGGUGGAGGACGCAGCGAUGGGGCCUGCGGGGCUCCAGAAGAGUAAGGGCGGCACCAAGAAGAAUAAGAGCAGCGGCACGAAGAGUAAAGGCAGCGGCAUGAAGAAACCAAAGAAAGUUAAGAAAAUGGUGAAGCGGCUGCAGCCGCGCUCGGAGGCGACGGUGCCGGCAGCGGAGCGGGCGGCAGCACGGCAGGCAGCGGAGGAAGCGUCCCGCCGCGCCCGGCACUUGAAGGCGCUGAGCCACAGGACGGGAGCGGAACGGGAGCUGGAGGAGCUGCUGUUCGGUGACAGCCUCAACGUGGAGGAGGAGGAGCUGCUGCAGAGCCUGGCAUCACCCCCCCGGGUGAAUGCUGCAGAGGGGAAAAGUUUCCGGAAAGGUUCCCGAGGUUCAGAAGUAGAAAAUGAAGCGAAAGGGAAAUUGCCGUCGAAAAAGCCAGCCUGGGUGGAUGAAGAUGAUGAAGCUGAGGAGAAUGUUGAUAUGACCCAUCGGUACAGGAAAGAUUUCAUGAAAAGUGAUGCUGAGAAGGUACUUACUAAGAAAAAGCUAAAAAGAAGGCUUGAAGAACAGUUUCAGCGAGCUAUGGGAGGAGUUCCUGCCUGGGCUGAUUUAGAAAACACGAAGAAAUCAAAAAAGACUGGAAGUGAUAGUGACACUGAUGAAGAUGAUGAUCUGCUGUGCAAGACUGGCAAUUACAUAACAAGCUCAGAAUCCCUGCCAAGAGGUAUUCUGAAGAUGACAACCUGCUUGCCUGCUAAUCAGGAACGUUUUGUUGAUGGAAGACUCUCAACUGUGCAGUUUCAUCCCUCUGCUCAAGUAGUGAUGACUGCUGGACAGGAUAGAUCUGUGUCCCUCUUUCAGGUUGAUGGCAUAAGGAAUCCAAAAAUACAGAGCAUCUAUUUAGAGAGUUUUCCAAUUUAUAAGGCUUGUUUCAGUGUUAAUGGAGAGCAAGUUAUAGCCACUGGUACUCACCAUAGAAUGUUCUUUGUGUAUGACAUGAUGAGUGGAAGUAUAACACCUAUAGAGAAAGUAAGAGGUUUGGAGGAAAGGUUUCUCAGAAGUUUUGAACUCUCUCCAGAUGGAUCAUUUAUGCUUCUAACUGGAACUUCAGGUUACCUUCACUUGUUAUCAAUGAAGACAAAGGAACUGAUUAGCACUAUGAAGGUAAAUGGAAGAUGCACUGCAUCUGCUUUCACUCCAGACAGCAGUAAAAUAUAUAGCUAUUCAAAGGAAGGUGAAGUUUUCAUUUGGGAUGUGAGAAGCAGAAAGUGUCUACACAAAUUUGAAGAUGAAGGUUCUUUGGAAGGAAAGUGUAUGGCUCUUUCAAAAAACAAUCAGUAUGUGGCAUGUGGUUCAAGUUCUGGUGUUGUGAAUUUAUACACCACUGAUACCUGUCUCAAAGAAAAUAAGCCCAAGCCAGUUAAAGCCAUAAUGAACCUCGUGACAGCUGCUACAUGUGUGACCUUCAACCCCACCACAGAAAUUUUGGCAGUGGCUUCCUGUGAAGUUGAUGAAGCUGUGAAAUUGGUACACAUUCCUUCAUAUACUGUGUUCUCAAACUUCCCAGUCUUCAGAAGAAAACAAAUUUAUCUUGCACAGUCUAUGGACUUUUCUCCCAGAAGUGGAUUUUUCUCUGUAGGAAAUAACAAGGGCAAAGCUUUGUUAUUUAGGUUGAAACAUUAUUCAGAUUUUUAAAAAGAUAGAGGAAGAAAUGGACCAUUAACAGGUGUUGUAACCUGCAGAUACAAGUACACUGGCAAAGUCAAACAAGUUUUUUAAUUUUAUAUGGAAAUUAAAAAAUAGUAAUAUAACACAUGUGGUUUUGAAUGUGUUUCCUUAAUAAAUGUACCUGGUAAGUUUCCAGGCAAGUUGUUUCAA